ACGUCCCAUUCUAUCUGGGAAAAUAGCGCGGGAGGGAAAAAGAAGUAGCAGAGGGGAAUUUUUUUUAUUACUUUAUUCACGGUUGCUAAUUCUACUGGAAAUUUUUGGGAAGACAGAGAGGAGAGCAGCAGGAGGAUAAUUGUGUCAGGUUUUUUGGACACGAGGCAGAGGACGCUGUAAGGAGGGUAAUAUAGCUUUACACCUGCCAGGAAGGUAAUAUAGCUUUACAACUGCCUUUGAGUUGCUGUGUUAAGUUUUAUCUAUCCAUUAUAUCAAGGUAUAAGAUGAUCCACGGUUAACGAUUUUCUUGAUCUUGAAUCUCUAUCCACGUGUCCAUUUUAGAAAUGGCGGUUAAUAACCACCCUUUUCCCGAUCUUGAAUCUUGAAUCUUGAACCUCUGGAGAAUUUCCUAUAUAAGGACUCCUGAGCGCUGGGUUCAAACUCCCAAUGCUAUUUGACAUUUUUAAAGUUAUUGAAAGCGAUUUAAAAGCAAUUUGAAAGCGAUUAUAGUUACUGAAAGCGAUUUGAUUUCUGCUCAAUUACAGAAAACAAUUUUGUUUCACAAUGAGGUUCGGUAGCUAUUCAGCAAGCCAGGUCGUGUGGGUAUUGUCGGCAGCAAUACUCACAAUGUCUGUGGCUGCCUGGAUGGGCAUAGCGAUUUUCCACAAUGGUAGCGGAGUGAAGCUCAUCGACUCCAGCUGCAAGAAGACACCAUACCCUGAGGCCUGUGUUUCAGCAUUGCAAUCAUAUGAAGGAGCGAAUUCCAAGAAUCUUGCUCAUAUUACUGUGAAGGCGAGCUUGGCUGGAGCCCAAGAAGCACACAACGCGACUUUGAAAGCAGCCUCUGAGUUUCCAGAAUUCAUGGCUUUCGAAGAUUGCAUUGGCCUGUUCGUAGAUGCUGUGGAUCACGUCAACCGGUCGAUGGCAGAAGUACCCGGCCUGGACAUGAAUCCCUCCAAGGCUCAGAUUGCAAAUGUCAAGACAUGGAUAAGCGCGGCUCUCACUGAUGUGGAGACAUGCUUGGAUGGUUUCAGAGAGACGACGGGGACAGUGAUGGCCAAGGUGGAGGAACAUUGUCAGUCUUUGUCAAGAUCUCUCAGCAAUGCUCUGUACGUGUUCCAGCUUUACUUCCCUGAUAACGACAAUGGUUCCGGUUCUGGGCGUCCUCUGUUUAAUAACCCUCACCCUGGAUCUGGGUAUGGGUUUUCUGGGCGUCCUCUGCUAAAUAACCCUAACCCGCACCCUGGGUCUGGGUUUUCUUUUCCUCCGUGGAUGUCCCGGACCGAUCGGAGGCUGUUACAAGUGCCUGCAUUGGAGUUGCAGGUGAAUGCAACUGUAGCUCAGGACGGCAGCGGGCAGUACAACACCAUUGGAGAGGCCCUCAUGCACGUGCCGUCUCAUGCCAGUGAGCGGUAUGUUGUGUAUGUCAAAGCUGGCGUGUAUGAGGAAAAUUUGCUUCUCUACAAGGAGAAGACGAAUGUGAUGUUGCUUGGCGAUGGGCGCGACCGGACCAUUGUUGCAUCCAGCAAAAAUGUCAAGGACGGCUAUACAACCUUCGCCUCUGCAACCUUCGCUGCAUCUGGCAAGGGAUUUAUUGCCCGAGAUAUCACCUUCGCCAACUUUGCAGGACCGCACAAGAAUCAAGCCGUAGCUCUGCGUGUGGGAGCUGAUCUUUCAGCCUUCUACCGAUGCAACUUUAUCGGCUUCCAGAACACUCUAUAUGUUCACUCCCUCCGCCAGUUCUACAGAGAGUGUAAUAUUUAUGGCACUGUAGACUUCAUCUUGGGCAAUGCUGCUGCCAUUUUUCAGAAUUGCACUAUUAUUGUGAGAGCACCAAUGGGCAAUCAGACCAACACCAUUACUGCUCAGGGAAGAAAUGACCCCAACCAGAACACCGGUUUUUCCAUUCAAAACUGCAGCAUUGUGGCCUCCAAAGAUCUUGCUCCAGUGAGAUCCGCUUAUCUUGGAAAGCCAUGGAAACUGUUCUCGCGGACAGUCAUCAUUCAUAGCUUCUUAGGCGAUGUAAUCCACCCUGCCGGCUGGCUGGAGUGGUCCGAAGAUUAUGGGCUGGAAAGGGUGUAUUUUGGAGAAUAUAUGAACAGCGGACCCGGCUCAAAGUUGGACGGGCGAGUCGGAUGGGGGGGUUAUAGGGUCAUUAAAAGAGUAGAGGAGGUCAAUGUUUUUAGUGUUGAUAAUUUCAUUUCUGGGGCUACUUGGUUACCGUCUAGCGGAAUCCCUUUUGAUCAUGAAUUGUAAAAGCAGUUCCAUUCAGGUUUAGGUAGUUUUUAUAGAAGGAUUUUAUCACUGUAAUUUAGAUGUGCUGGACUGAAUAGACAGAGCAUACAUGCUUCUGUUCUAUAUCAUUUGUUUUAUUAUUUAUGCCAUACAGUUUUUUGUUUUGGUGGAAAAACUUUUUAGUUAAACAUGCUGCCACUUCUUCA